AUGCACUACCCCUCGUCCGCCUCGUCCGCCUCGUCCGCCUCGAGGGCCGCUGCCCUCGCGCUGCUGACGGUCUGUCGGUGCGACGAGCUGCCGCCGAUCCGCGGCAUGCGCGACGUCAAGCCCUCAGACACAUCGGCGAGUGAGUUUGAGGUGUGGAUGCUCGAGUCCAUCGAGGAGCAGUGGAUCGCGCCGUGCCGCGCGUACGUCGGCGAGCAGCUCAUCGGGCUCUGCAUGUUUGGGCCCGCGCUGCUCAUGGGCCUCUGCAUCGUGCUCCCCGUCAUGUUUCUCUCCAUGCGAGAGCAGUCGGCCGCCGCGCAGGCGCGAGAUUAG